AUGUGGCGCUGGGUGUCUCUAGGUGGGUGGUGUGGGCCGUCGCUCAUGCUCAGUAAGCUGGGCCUUCGCCCGGCAGAGGAAUCGUUGCCCUUUGACAUGGUGCGCUGCACCUUCGACGGUCUGGUGGAGUUGACGGCGAAGGGGUUUUCAUCAUCGCUAUGCCCUCCUGCUCUGGUCAACUCAGCGGACCCUGCAUUAAGGCUGAACAAUGCGGCCGGCGCGACCCCCUACAACUUUCCGGCUGAGCAAGAGGACGGCUACUUCCCGCAAGCAUCAAGCACUUCGUCAGUGUCCUGUACCUCCGAUGCCGCCUCCACAUCUGCAUCUCUGUGCUUUAUCCCAGAUCCGGUAAAGGUAUGGCUGCUGUUCCGCAGCCAGCACGCCUGUUUCACCCACUAUGACUUGAACAACGCUGAUGUGCAAGCGGAGCUCCGCAGACGCAUUCGUGCAUGGGAGGCCCUGCUUUCCCUGGGCAAUGCAGGCGACGCUGAUCAGGCAAGUGUGCAGCCUGUCACCUUCAUCCGCACCGUAAUUGCGGAGAACCCGGCGGAAGAGCUGGAGAUGUUGCCGCGGUUUCAUCAGGCAGUGCGGGAGCGCACCCACGGGCGUCUUCCCUUCCGCACUGUUCUCGUCGUGCACGACCAGGCGGACACGACGCGGCCGUUGUGCGCGAUGCCGCAGGAGUCGAAAGACCAUCACACUCCAUGCAUUGUGUGGAAUCUGAGGCGGCAGCGCCCGACACCGACUCUCUCGUCCCCUCCUGCCGAUGGCGCGACGGGUGCGACAUCUGCACUGGCAGAGGCGCCGUCGCUGCUGGAUGAGUGCCAUGACGGUUACCAGACAAUCCUCACCGCCAUGAGCAAGAAUACGAAAUGGCGCUCGCUGGACGCCUCGCUGCCAGCGUACGAGACGUACGUCAGUUCUCGCAGGGUGCCCUUCACCCCCUACACAGAGCUGAGCCGCGUUGACGGGGUACCAGCCGUGCGAGGUACGUGCACCGGCUUUGGGUCCACCUUUUCCGCUGCUCUAGGCCGCUGUGUUCAUUGUGGGUGCACCGAUGGGCACGCCGUCUUCGCAGGACAGUAUGACAAACAUCAGGAGUGGCGGGACGAGGAUGUGAACGAGUUGCUCCUGAACUAUGCUCUCCACCACUGCGACGAGGUAGCCGCAGUGGAGGCGACGGCGCUGCGACAGAAGCGCGGCGCUCACGAGACGUGGCACAAGCUGCGGGCCCUUCUUUCAGACUGA